GCGCAAACCACUCUAAUCCAUACACUGCGCAGCCAGCACCGAUCGGGCUCUCGUUUCCGAUAAAUACAGGCGACACCCUCCUCGCACCAACCGCACACGACAUGUAACCCUCGGACGCAUCGUUUGGAUACGAUCCCACGCCCCGAUACCCAACAGGCGACGUCAAUGCCUUCGUCAUGGAUUCUCACAGCUCGAGAGAACGCCUGUCGGCCGCCGUAGCCGCGUGGUCGCAACUCGUCCACCGCGCCCUCGUCAAGCGCACCGCCCCCGACCAGUUCGCCGCCUUCCUCCCGCUCCACUUUGCAGAGCAUCCGCUGCCGCCCGUUAUCGUCGCCGACGUGCUGCUGCGCCCGUCCAAGCGCCAGCGCUACAGCCUCGACCCCCGCGUUCCCAUCUACCUCGACGCCCUGCUCAAGCAGCGCCGCGUCGACGUCGCAUCCGUGCUGCGGGCUCUGUACAAAUACUCGUCUGCCCAUCUCAAGGUGCAGUCGCCGGAUCCGGGUGUUCUGGACGGCGGAGAGAACGGCAGAAAGGAGGGCGGGGAGGGCGAGGGGGGAAAGGGGGCCAAGGAGGUCAAGCAGGGCACGCCCAAGGGCAGCAAGAUUGUGAGGUGGCAGAACUCGUACGAGGACGAAGAGAUGAUACUCUGGCGUCUUGCCCAGGCGGUGCACCAGGGCUCGGGCAUCAGGACGGCUAAGAACGUGAUCCAGAUCGCCAAGGUGCUGGCCAAGUGGAUGCCGCUGUUCGCCGAGGCCGCCGCCGCCUUCUCGAGGGACGCCUUCGACUCGCUACACGGCUUGCAGGUCAGGGACGAGACGGCCGAUGCUAGGACGGCGUUCGUCUUGUUGCUUAUCGCCUUCAGCGACAACCCGCUCGUCCAGGCCACCCUGGAGAAGCCCGCUUGCAAAGACGUGUGCAAGAUGCUCUCCGAUGCCUUGCAGGCAUUCAUUCCAUGCGUGAUGCAAGUGCUGCCCGAAAUGGCCAGCCGUUUGGAAGUCUUCCGCAACGAAACACUCGGCAAACAUCUCGCUGCCGAGAAGAAGGACGCCGAUGUGAACAACUACAUGGACAACCUCAUGGGAAUGGACAGCCUGCAGAUCCCUGAGGUGCCGGUCGUCAAUUCUCGUGCCGGUCUUUACAUCCACCUUAGCGCUGCACUCGUCGGCCGGCCCGUGAUUGACGACAGCGCCCUAUUUGCAUACUUGCACAACAGAUAUCAGGGAGAUGUCCAAUCCACGGCAGUGCAGCUCAUCCUAGCAUCCUUCGAUCUCCUCGCCAACGCCGUCUUCCGCAACGAGGGACCCAAGACCGGCCACCUGCUCAAAUCUUUUGUGGUGAACAAAGUGCCCCUCAUCCUCGUCUCGCUGACGGCCGCUGCCAUGUAUCCCUUCGACCCGGAAAUGUGCAUCAAGGAAGCCCUGGGACAGGUCGACACAAACGUGUUCCCCACGCUCUCCGGCAUGUUCGAGAUGUCCAACACGAACUCGUCCUUCCACGAUUCAGUUCGCCAAGAUUUUUGCUUUUCUUGCCAGCUGCACGGGCUGCUCUCGCAGGCGGCUAUCGAGAAUCUCUUAGGGGAGAUUACGUAUCAGUCUCUACCGGACGAGGGCCGGUAUUCCAAGGAUAACCUGGUUCAUGCGUGUCUCCAGGAUGUGGACCGAACCCAGAAGCUCAUUGGGGAACUGGAUAACAUGAACGGGAAUGUGGGCGCUGCCGCCCAGGCGAUCAUUGAGGUCAUCGGCAGCCUGUGCCGGAACAAGGAGACGAUGACUCUGAAGCAGUUGUGCAGCCAACUCGCAGCAAAGCCUCUAUCACUGGACGUUCUACUUCUUUUCGACAAGCCAGAAAAGAUCCUGCAUCCGUUGUGUGAACUGCUCGACAACUGGGCCGGGUAUGAAGAGGAUCAGGGUGAAUACCAACCGGUGUACGAGGAGUUUGGGUCUAUUCUCCUCUUGCUGUUGGCAUUCGUCUACCGGUACAACCUCUCACCUGCGGACCUGGGUAUCCGCUCCCCGGAUUCGUUCGUGGGGAAGCUCUUGAGCGGAGGUGCCGUGUGCCGGCCACUAGAGGAUCUCAGCGAGCAGGAGAAGUCCCACCUGAACGGCUGGAUUCACGGUCUUUUUGAUUCCGAGGCCGGCGCCCUCGGGGACGACCUCAUGGCCUCGUGCCCCCCGCAGGACUUUUACCUGCUCGUGCCGUCGCUCUUCCACCAGAUCGUCGUCGCACUCAGCGCGGGGUACCUGACGGACGAUAUGCUCAAGAACGGUCUCGAAUACCUGGUUGACGUGCUCCUGCUGCCGUCUCUCGUACCUGCAAUACUGUACCUCUCGAAUCAGCUAUGGGUCAGCAGCCCACAACUACAGUCGUCCAUCAUCAAGAUCCUGCAAGUCAUCAUCCGGCCGAGCUCUAGCUCCAACGAAGCAUGGACGAUGCUAUCGUCGGUCCUCAACAUCGUGGCCAAGCCUCUGGAACACGCGCUCCGCUCCUACCAGCGGCAAGAUCCGAAGAGCCAGGAGGUCGAGCCCCUCCUCCGCGCCAUCCAAGAUAAUCUCCUCCUAUCCCGCCGGACGGGCGGCGCGGACCACACCGAGCUGGAGUCCUGGUGCAGCACGCACAUCAACCACGGCGCCACUCCUCACAGUGGCCUCUCCGCCGCCGUCCGGCACACCAUGCAGAACCUCAUUCAAUGGGCCCAGAACCCACAGUUGAACGGCAUGCCCGCGCCGUACACACACCGCCAAACCCUCGCCGCGGUCAAGAUGCUCGGCGCAAAGCGCUUCCUCGCUAUCCUCCUCGACGAGCUCCGGGCCCUCGCUGAUUCCCCGCAAGCCGGCAUUGCCUACGACGUCGCCACGGCUCUGAUCUGCGCGCCCGACGUUACCAAUGACGCUUCCCUAUCCGGCGCAUCUGGUGGAGCUCCUUCCACUACCAAUAACAACAAUAACAAGAACAAGAACAGCAAUAACAACAGCGGCAACAACACCAACUCCAACACCAAUGCCAACACCAACAACACCGGCAACAGCAGUAACAACAACAAUAAUAACAAUAGCAAUAACGCGGGUACACCCCCAACCGACGACCCGGCGGCUUCCUCACGGCAACAACAGCAGCAUCGGCACACCUCCCUCCGCGAUGCUCUCAAAAGCGAGGCGGACGAGUGGAAGAAGACGCAGAAAGCCGACCCUGUCAUGGCGGAGACGGUUGUGCGCCUGUACCGCCGCGUCGAGGCGCAGAUGGCCCCGGCCCCGCCGUCGGCUGCCGAGGCUGCCGCCGCUGCUGCCGCCGCAGCGGCCAUGUUGGAACCCCCCGAGCUGGGCGGGCUGGGCGGGGUGCCUGGCGAUAUCGGUGGCGCGUUGGGCGACGCAAUAGCCGCUGCUGUGGGCGGGGAGCAUCACGGGCUGCACGGGCACGAAGGGAUGGUGAUGGAUGGCGGUGGUGGUGGUGGUGGGGGUAGUAAUGGAGGGGGGCCGGACGGUGCUACUGCCGCGGCAGCUGGGGCUGCGGGAGGCGACCAGCAGCAGCAGCAACAACAGCAACAGCAGCAACAGCAACAUUUGGGAGGGUUCGGCGGGGAUGUCAUGACGGGUUCGGAUCUGGGGGCGGAUGGGCUGUUCAGCAGCCUGAGCGGGAACGGGAGUGACUUUGGGGCUGAUUUCGGGGCCGGGUGGGAUAUUGAUAUGUCUUAGAGAGGCAUCUCCCCAGCGAGGUGACAGGGUUCAAGACGCAGGAGUAGCAUGAUCUGGUUUGUGGCGGGAAAUUGAUCUUAGAAAGUUAGGACCGCCCGGGGGGG